GUAUUCCAGACGAAGUAAAAACAUCUCACUGUAGGCUAAUUAUUGCCUAACAAUGUCAUGUGUAAAAAAAAAGACCCUAAAUCACAUUUAAAAAAGGCUGAAUAUUAAUAUAUAUAUUAAAGUAAUUAUUUAAAUAUCGAAUGAAUUAACAUAUUACAGAUUUACCGUCGCUUUCAUUCUGUAUUCUCAUAGAUGCUUCCUGCCAUUCUGCGGUAGGAAGCACCUGUCUACGUCACAUUCAGCACCUGUUUCGGGGUGGGGACUGUCUGGCUCCGCAGCCAUCAAACCAAAUUCCCGAAAGGUGUUGGACAAGGAAGGAGCCGUGUUCAAGACAAAACACAAGACAGAACAAUGGGGAGUCUGUUUGGGAGGAUAAUUUAGGUCUUUCCUUUUUUUUAAUAGAUAAUAAAUUGGACGAGAUAAUAUUGAUUAGUUUAAUGGAUCAAUCAUCAACGAUGAGGAGGUUGAUACUGGCCGCGGUCGUCCUCUCUUCCCUACCGACACAGGUGCAGGGCGUCCAGGUGAAUGUUCCUCAGACAGAGAGGAGUACAGCUCUGUUUGCCUCCGUCAUCCUGAAGUGUGAUUACUCCACCUCCGCUAACCAGCAGGAUGUCCAGGUCACCUGGCGAUACAAGUCCUUCUGCAAGGACCCCAUCCUGGAGUAUUACUCCCAAGCGUACCAGAAUGCUCUGCAGCUGGGUCAGGACCCAGCCAAUGACUGCCCAGACCGCCAGCGCACGGUGAGGAUCAUCGUCCAGAAGAGAGGCUCCAACGAGGCCAUACUGGGCACAGAGUACCGGGAACGCAAGAUCUCCGUCCAGAACAAGGCUGACCUGGUGAUCAAUGAGAUCAUGUGGUGGGACAACGGAGUUUACUACUGUUCUGUGGAAGCCACUGGAGACACCAGCGGUGGCUUGGAUGGCGUGAUCCAACUCAUGGUCUACAACUGGCUGACGGUGCUGUUCAUAGUGAUUGGAGCUCUGCUCCUCAUCCUGCUCUUCUGUAUCUGCUGCUGCCAGUGUUGUCCUCAGAGGUGCUGCUGCUACGUCCGCUGCCCCUGCUGCCCACAGACCUGCUGCUGUCCUGAGAAAGGUAGGGAAGGGCCUCUGUCUGUCCCUGCUGCCCACAGACCUGCUGCUGUCCUGAGAAAGGUAGGGAAGGGCCUCUCUGUCUGCCCCUGCUGCCCACAGACCUGCUGCUGUCCUGAGAAAGCGGUGAUGCAGCACAGGAUGAUGAAGGAUGCCCAGAGGGCCAUGGGUCCAUGGAUGGGAGGUCAGCCCAUCUACAGCCCCAUGAGCCACGGAUCCUCACAGAUGAACCCUCUGCUGUAUGGAGGCUCCCAAUCAGGGAAGAGCAUUGCCAUGGCCCCCAUGCCCCUCCCCCCUCCCCCAUCUGGCUACAACAUGCCCCCCAGUGUCCAUGCUGCCAGCAUCUACGGCAACCAACAUCCCGACAACAAGCAGAUGCUGGACUACCUGGAGAGCCAGGUGAGGAGCAUGGAUGGGACCAGCCCCAUGAUGCAGCCCCAACCCCACCACCAGCAGCUCCUGAUGAUACCCCCUCCCCCUCAACAUAUGAUGCCCCAGCACGUCCCCUUCUCAGCGGGUCCUCCCAGCAUGCUCUCUGGCCUGGACGACGGGGCCGUGGACUACCGGGGGGUCAUCCAGAUGCCUCCCAUCGUAGAGCAGCCUGGACGAGGAGGUCGGAGAGGGGGCCAGCCACCACUUGCUCCUAAAACACGUCCACCCAGCUCCAGAGGAAGCAGCCGCAGCGAGAGUCGCUUCACCAAUCACCGUGACGACCGCAGCGACGCCAGCGGGCGCCGUUACCCGUCGCCGUCAAGGAGCCGUAGCAUGCCGAGGAGCUACAGUGAAGACUUUCUGGACGGGGAGAGCCGGGGGGCGCGGGGUCGAAUGGGUUCACGUGACGACCUCAGCGACAGGGUCCCUCGAUCCCGCUCCAGAGACGACCUGUUCGAGGAGCAGCGUCGCGCCCCGCCUCCCAGCAACUACUCCCGCUCCCGCAGAGGGUCGUUCAGUUCAGAUGAGGAUGAAAACAGCAGGAGAGGAGAGGGCAGAGGUCACAGGAGAGGAGGAGGAGGAGAGAUGUAUUCAGACAUUCCGCCCAGCUAUUCUGAAUACGAGCCGGGACAGAAACCACCAAGGAGGAAUGAGCGUUACUCUGUUAAAACUCUGCUUUAGUUAGUACACUGAAUACACACUCCGAAACACAGACACACACACAACCCCUUCAAAAGCAUGUACCAUCUAACAAUGGCAUUUUAUCCAUGCCUUCAAUUACACAUAAUCAUAUAAUCACGCAGAUAUGAAAGAAUCACUCACAAAGACACACUGGUGCACACUACUUGGUUUCGUCACUUCUUCCAUUCAGGGAGCCUUUAAUUAAUGUGUCCCGCUACAGGGCAAGAGUUCUGGCAGGGGCACUGUGGUCAUCUGAUCUGGGCUCUCACUGGCUACCUCUCCUCUCCUUCUGCUGAAUGGCAGCCCCCUCUGCUGGUUGAGCGCUCUCAGUGCAGAUAAGUGUCCAAUCUUGACAAUCUGUUGUGCAAACAAAAGCUGUGUGUGCAGUACAGUAGUCAGCCAGUGAGUCAGCCCUCAACAGUAGAUGAGUAGUUUGAAAGGCUCAAGCAUUGGGAAAUCAGAGACUGUAGAAAGAUCUGAGGUUAGGCAAUUUUGCAGAGCUAAGCAAUUGUCUCAGGUCACACUGUCAUGUCCUCCUCCACCCUCUCUAUCUCCUCAUAUUGUGCUAUUCUAAUUAGAGGUCGACCGAUUAUGGUUUUUCAACGUCGAUACCGAUUAUUGGAGGACCAAAAAAAGACGAUACUGAUUAAUCGGCCAUUUUUUAUUUUUUUAUUUUUUUAUUAUUUAAAAAAAAAAGUUAUUUAUUUGUAAUAAUGAAAAUUACAACAAUAUUGAAUGAACACUUUAACUUAAUAUAAUACAUCAAUAAAACAUCUAUUUAGCCUCAGAUAAAUAAUGAAACAUGUUCAAUUUGGUUUAAAUAAUGCAAAAACAAAGUGUUGGAGAAGAAAGUAAAAGUGCAAUAUGUGCCAUGUAAAAAAGCUAACUUAAGUUCCUUGCUCAGAACAUGAGAACAUAUGAAAGCUGGUGGUUUCUUUUAACAUGAGACUUCAAUAGGUAAGAGGUUUUAGGUUGUAGUUAAUAUAGUAUUUAUAGGACUAUUUCUCUAUACCAUUUGUAUUUCAUAUACCUUUGACAAUUGGAUGUUCUUAUAGGCACUAUAUAUUGCCAGUGUAACAGUAUAGCUUCCGUCCCUCUCCUCGUCCCUACCUGGGCUCGAACCAGGAACACAUCGACAACAGCCACACUCGAAGCAGCGUUACCCAUCGCUCCACAAAAGCCGCGGCCCUUGCUAGGCAAGGGGAAUAACUACUCCAAGUCUCAGAGCGAGUGACGUUUGAAACGCUAUUAGCGCACACCCAGCUAACUAGUUAGCCAUUUCACAUUGGUUACACCAGCCAUUAGGCUGAUAGGCUUGAAGUCAUAAACAGCGCUGUGCUUGCGAAGAGCUGCUGGCAAAACGCACGAAAGUGCUGUUUGAAUGAAUGCUUACGAGCCUGCUGCUGCCUACCACCGCUCAGUCAGACUGCUCUAUCAAAUCAUAGACUUAAUUACAACAUAACACACAGAAAUACGAGCCUUUGGUCAUUAAUAUGGUUGAAUCCAGAAACUAUCAUUUCGAAAACAAAACGUUUAUUAUUUCAGUGAAAUACGGAACCGUUCUGUAUUUUAUCUAAUGGGUGGCAUCCCUAAGCCUAAAUAUUCCUGUUGCAUUGUACAACCUUCAAUGUUAUGUCACAAUUACGUAAAACUUUGGCAAAUUAGUUUUGCAAUGAGCCAAGCUGCCCAAACUGUUGCGUAUACCCUGACUCUGCGUGCAAUGAAAGCAAGAGAAGUGACACAAUUUCACCUGGUUAAUAUUGCCUGCUAACCUGGAUUUCUUUUAGCUAAAUAUGCAGGUUUAAAAAUAUAUACUUCUGUGUAUUGAUUUUAAGAAAGGCAUUGGUGUUUAUGGUUAGGUACAGUCGUCCAACGAUUGUGCUUUUUUUGCAAAUGCGCUUUUGUUAAAUCAUCCCCCAGCGUUGCAUCGAUUAUAUGCAACGCAGGACACGCUAGAUAAACUAGUAAAAUCAUCAACCAUGUGUAGUUAUAACUAGUGAUUAUGAUUGAUAGUUUUUCUAUAAGAUAAGUUUAAUGCUAGCUAGCAACUUACCUCGGCUUCUACUGCAUUCGCGUAAGAGGCAGGCUCCUCGUGGAGUGUACUGUGAGGCAGGUGGUUAGAGCGUUGGACUAGUUAACUGUAAGGUUGCAAGAUCGGAUCCCCGAGCUGACAAUCUGUUGUUCUGCCCCUGAACAAGGCAGUUAACCCAUCGUUCCUAGGCCAUCAUUGAAAAUAAGAAUGUGUUCUUAACUGACUAGUUAAAUAAAGGUAUAAAAAAUACAUUUCAAUCGGCAAAAUCGUCGCCCAAAAAUACAGAUUUCCGAUUGUUAUGAAAACUUGAAAUACGCCCUAAUUAAUCGGCCAUUCUGAUUAAUCGGUCAACCUCUAAUUCUAAUGGGGAAAGAGAGGGAUGAAUGACAACAUAUGAAAGAGCUGAAGUUUGGCAAUCUUUGCAGAGCUAAGCAAUUGUCUUUGGUCAUCGGCCAUGUUGUCUUUCACCUUCGCCCUCUGUUUUCCUCCAUCCGCCCUACAUCUCUCCAUCUUGUAUUAUCCUAACGGGGAAAGAAAGGACUAAACGAGAGAAAUGAUUGACUACAUAUGAAAGACGUAGAAAACACGAAUGAUAGCUGGCGGCAUGCAAUUCGACAUGUCGAUCUGAUUUUCCAGAUUCAUACUCUAGAACGUUUACAAUUUCUUUAACGUUUUUGAAGGUACUACACAUCAUUUUAUUUGUAUCAUUGCCAUAACAUUAACAGAUGAGAAUAAUACAUAAUAUGCCUUAUUUAAUUGUUUGUCAAAAGUAAACCAGAAAACAAAAUGUUUCCUGUUUGUUUUCAGCCAAAGCCUAUGUAGGCUUGUACUCCAUGAUCACUCAGGUCCCUUUUCUACAUGUUGUACAUGUAAAUAGUUUUUAAUUUUGUGCUCUGUCUGGACAUCUUGACUUGUGAAUAUUCAGUUAUGUAUCGAUAUGGCUCAGGAUAUUUCAAAUGUGAGGAAAAUGAGCAAAAACGAUGUGCUGUUACAUGAAGUCAGUUUGCUUGGGGACUUAUCCUAUUAGAGAAAGCAAAACCAGCACCAUCUCCUCAGGGUGAACUAGGCUUUGAUGUGAAGAUCACAGCUGUAUAAUUUGGUGUCUCUGGAUAGAAAAUGGUGUUGGUGUAAGUUACUCCCUCUUAGGGACAAUGAAGGAAAUGUUUUCAAUAAAGUUAUUUUAUAGUUA